AUGUCAGACAACGUACCCGAAACGUCUUCUCUGCAGGAGCAUCCCUCUCCGACUCGCCCACAAUCCGUCUCGCAACUUCCCGAUGCCGCCAUCGACCUUGCCAACCGAAUGUUCGACCUGGCCCGUCGCGGCGACCCCCUCCUUCUCACCUACCUCUCCGCCGGCCUCCCACCCAACCUCACCAACAACCGCGGCGACACCCUGCUCAUGCUCGCCUCGUACCACGGGCACGCCGAGCUUGUGCGUCGAAUGCUGCAGGAGAUUGCGACGCCUUCGGAUGUCAAUCAGCUCAACGGGCGUGGUCAGAGCAUCGUUGCGGGUGCCGUGUUCAAAGGAUACGACGAGGUGGUGCGGGUGCUGAUCGAGUGCGGCGCGGAUCCGUGCGCGGGUCAGCCGAGUGCCGAGGAGUGUGCGAAGAUGUUCAAUAGAUGGGAGGGAGAGGGUGGAUAUCAGGAGCUGUUCGAGGGCGCAUCGGGCAGGGGCUCGGGUGGACAGGAGGCCAGACCCGCGGUGGAGGACAGGGAGAUGGAGAGGCGGGUGCCGGGUGUUGGGCUGCAAAGGGCCGAAGACUCGGAGCAGCAGGAGUCUCCAGAUAGCUCGCGACCGCCGUUCCACGCCGAGCGAUGA